UAUGUCAUUUCCUAUUUCAUUGCUGAUUUGAAUUGAAAUGGAAGCAACAAUACAAAUCAGAGAGAAAAUUCAAAGUUUCGGACUAUCAAAAAGACCGCUAACUGUGCCGGCUCCAGAUAUUUCGGAAGAGGAAGUCGCGUCAGCCAAGAGGAAAAUACGCAGAACUUGGAAGUUAUCAAUUUGUCAAUGGGUCAUGUACGGUCUCAUAAGCGCCUGUUUGGCCUUGAACAUAGCGGACAUGCUGAUCUAUAUGAAGACGAUCUCUAAGAUCAGUGGGUGCGGUCGGUGCAUAUUCCUGCAAUACCAGCUCAUACUGAUGGCAGUGGGGGCUCUGGUCAUAUUUCUGCUAUGCGUGAUCGCCGUCGUGGUGCUUAAGCAGAGUGCCAAUGGGCUGCGAAUUGUCGUAAUGUUGAUGUUCCUGGCAACAUGGCUGCAGAUGAUGAUGAUCAUCCUGCUGACUCAUGAGUACCCCCUUAUCCACGACAUCGAAGUCAUCUGGAAACGACACAUGAGUCUGGAGUACUACGAGAAUAAGUUCGAGUGCUGCGGCAUGAUGGGACCCGAUGACUACACCUACAACAAGGACUUGGUGCCCAGUAGCUGCUUUAAGCACCGCAGUAUGAUGUCCCAGGACUUGUACAAGUCUGGCUGUGCGACUAAGAAGAGUACGCCCUCUGACUUGGCCAUCACCGAGCUGGCAUCAAUCGCCUCUCAGGUGAGAGGAAAAUCAUACGCCAUACAUUUUGCGCCAUCAAAGUAUUCAAAGCCUCGUUUUCAGUACGUCCUGAUUGUGGCCAUCCUCCUCCACAGGAAGUACCUGGAGCGCAACCUGGUUGAAGCCCGCUCCCUGAGAGCACUGACAACUGCGCUUCUCCACCUACCGCCGUAAUAACAAAUUGCAUUUGCAUUCGGUUUUGGGAUUCGGUCUGGAAUUGGGACUGGCAUGCGGGACAAAUUGGAUUGGACUCUGCCUGGAUUUCUCAUAUUUCACCAGAUGCAAUCAAUAACGAUAAACACUCGAGUCUCCUCUUGAGUCUGCCGAAAGCGAUUCAAUGUCCCGAGUCCAGUGUCCGGCAUGCAUAUGGAUGAGCCAAUAAAGAAAUCAACAAAGCAUGUCGGGGCGAUUGAAAAAGUAUUGCAAAUGCCAAGGGAUAGCCAGGGAUUUGGACACGGACACGGACACGGACACGGAGAUCUCGACUCGAAUCGCAACAAUAUGCAAAUGCAGCUAAGCGGCAAAUAUUCAAGGACAAUCCAAAUCCACCCACACCAGCCCACAUCUCCCCCAUCACGAGUUUAUUCCUCUUUUAUGUCCGUACAUAAAUUUUAUUGUUGUCAACAUUAAAUUCUGGUCGUGGAAA